AUGUCAUGCCACGGAGAGCAUUGUUCUCCCUCCCGCCCCCACACCCCUCACCCCCACCUCAUAGGUCCCAUCACCAUGGGAACGGCACCAGCCAAUCAGAACACAGAGUUUUCAAAGGUCAGCCUUAUCCGUUGAGCCCCCUCUCCCCAGACAGGCCCCAACCGACAUUCAGAGGCCUCCCGGGGCCCCCUCCCCCUGGAUAAAUCAAUUCAGCUGCCCCCCGUCUUCCUUGAGAAAGAAAAGGGGGAGACCUCUGCCUGGAGUGCCCAGGGACAAGAGCCAAGCCUAGAGUCACCCAGCUUACAGCGCCCAUCCCACGCACAGACACACCAUGCAGGCACCUCCCAGGAGCCGCUGAAGCUUUCCUGUAAUGACCUAGGAGACACCCCAAGCCGCGAGAGCCAUGUGUCAAGUGAGCGGGAGGAAUGCAGCCACGCCAGCCUGCUGAGCAGCGGGUACUCCGGGGACGAGGAGAGCAGCCAGGUCAGCGUGCCCGGCGGCCGUCGGGUCGUGCGGGUCAAUAGGAGGAGGCUCCCGAUCCGGGCAGUGAGCACCCAGACCAGCUCGGAGGGCCCCACUCACUAG